AUAAAAGGAAAACUAGAGCAGAGGAAGAAUGAACUCCAGAGCAGGUAAAGUAUCUCAAACAUUUUACUUGCUUUCUUUAGAGAUUAAUAAUCCAGAAGCAAUGAACAAGUGCUUGCAAACUUCAUGUGAUGGUGUACUUUUGUUUGCAGGUUUUCUGAAAGUUGAGCACAUCUGCAUGCUGGCUCUUAUUCUGGUGCAAAGCCUGGAUGCAGGUCCUGUGCUUCAGCACCCUGCAGGUGUUUCAUGCAGGCCCAGAGAGCUGACAGUCCUCAGCAAAGGUCUGGUGGAAGAAAGCAUAAUACGUUUUGUAAGUAAUGAAUCAAAACAUAUUUUUGCAGAAUGUCCAAGGGUAGUGCAUUUGUCACAGAUGCUGCAUUCAUCAAGAUUUAACUUAAACUUCAAGCUCAGACAUUUUCAGUUUUAGUAGUAGAAUGAUAAGCAAAGAUUAAAUCUAUUUAAAGGCUGUCUCUGUGAAGUUUUGCCCUCAAUGCAGCGGCAGCACAAAAGGGAUGAUUUGACCUUUUGCUUCUGCAAAGAAAUAUCACAAUGUCAUUAAAAGUGCAAGCACUUCAGUUCUACAGCAGUUGUUGCAGCUUCACAAAGAUAAGCAGGUAUACAGCAGGUAUACAUGUAACAUACAUAUAUAUAUAUAUAUAUAUAUAUAUAUAUAUAUAUAUAUAUAUAUAUGUAUAUGUAUAGAUAGAUAGAUAUGUUGCACUUGGUGAAUGUAAAGUAGUUCUGAGCUACUUUAUCUCCAUGUGAAGGAUAUUAUAAAAGCUAAACAUCAAGAUUGACCCAUUAACGAAUUUUUCAUCUUUAUUUACAACAUGUCAAAUCUUAAAGAGUCACUGGCUGGUGUUUGAUAUAAAUCCUUUGAUUCUGUAAGGAAUAAAGAUAUGUCUCAAACAUAUUGCAGCCUUAGAAAACCACAACCAGAUUCUAGAUUAAAGAAUUUAUACAAGACUUUACGUCUACAUAUAUCAAAUAUUAUGUUUACUGAAGUAUAGUAAUAUUGUUUCACAUUUGAAUUGAAGUCCAUUUUAUGCACAUUUUAUUGAACCUGUAGACGCACCAGUGCUAUUGCUCAACCCUGUCAUGAGAGUCAGAACACUCACAGGUUUAUCUGCGGAUGCUCUGAUUGCACAAGUUUGUCGUUUUUCUUGGUAAUGCUGGUUAACUGAAGUGGGUAUCAUCACUCAGGAAAUGUGGCACCCCAAACGCUCAAUCUCCUGUAUGCUAUCGAAUAUUUACACAAGAAUUUGUCGUAGGAAUUCAUCAAAUUAGGCUACCAGAGACCAUCUAGAGGAUCUUUUACAUUUCAAAGUGUAUUUUCCAGAGUUUUGUAUAAAAAAAUGAGAACCAGAAGGCACUACUUUUAUACAGUAUCCACCUAAAGGGCAUCCAGGUGGCACUUUCAAAAUGUGUAUGCGGUGCAAAGGCAUCAAAAGGUACUUUUUAAAAUGUUGUAUCCACUGGAAGGGAAUCUAGAGGAACUUUUGUCACCCUUAAAUGAACGACUGCUAAAGCAAAAUUUUAGGUUUUUCAACGAAAAAUUUCAAUUGAAAAUGACCCCAAAGAGACACUUUAUAACGUUUUAUUUAUAUAGGGAACUUCCAUAGAGCAUGGUGUUGGUGUUUUUUCUGUCCCCCCUUCUCCUGACUCUGUAAUUCAUUUCUGGUUGGUCUCCUCUUCCAGGAAAAGGCGAAUGGGAAACACCUCGGCACUUGGUCUCCAGGCUUUCCUGAGCUUGAGGUCCACAAGAACUCCUCUCUGAACGGGCCAGAGGCUCAGUGCAGCCUUCUCUUCAUGGUUAAAGGACUGGAGAAAGUCCUGCAGGACCAGAAGACCAACCUGAAUCCUGAGGAUCUUCCACUUCACCAGAAGCUCAAAGAGGCCAUCUCCAGGGUCAACAUGCUCGCUGGAUGUGUGAAGGAAAUCCUGGGAGGGGAGUGCUCGCCAAAGCCUUCCCCACCCACCAUGCCGAAGCAUGUGUUUGAGAGGAAGCAGUGGAGCCACACUCUGCUGAAGUCAGCGAGGGACUAUCUGAACUGGAUGGAGGGCAAGUUUGAAGUCCAAAUAUCAGUGAGCCAAGCGAAAAGUGUACUAAAACGUACGGCUUCCAGGGCAACAGCCAAAGGGAAAAAUCAGGCAGCACGCAAAAUUACCCCACGUAAGAAUUACUUUGAGGGGAGCGGAUACUUCCUGUAAUUUUUGAGUUACCGAUUUUCUCACAGUGGUGCAGCUUUUUCUAAAACAUGCAUUUUAAAAAAAAAUAUUUUUUAAUGUUGGCAUGUUUUAUUUUCAUAAAGUUUGAAUAAAUGGAUGGAU